UCUCUCGGUGAAUGUAACCCGGAACCCGCGCAGUGUCUUGAUACUGUAUACUUGCUCUGUUAUACUCGCUCAGUCUGUGCUACAUAUACUGCAUGCUAGCGCUAAAAAUGUUAUAAAGAAGGAGAUGGAAACGAAGGAGGUCACAAGGAUGACGUGUGACGGGGCACCAGUAGUGGCUGUGAGAGUGAAGGAUGCCUACAAGAGAUACAGUCCUUCAGCAGUGGUGUUGCGGAGACUCAACAUGACUGUGCUAGAAGGUACAAUAUAUGGUCUGUUGGGUCCAAGUGGAUGUGGCAAAACAACACUGCUACGAUGUCUACUGGGACGAUCCAGGCUAGACGCUGGAGAAAUAACACUCAACGUAAAACACCUCUGUGAUAUUGGCUACAUGCCACAGGAGUUAGCACUUCAUCAAGAUAUGACCAUAGCUGAGACAUUCAACUUCUAUGGCCGCAUAUUUGGACUGGACUGGGAACACAUUGAGGACCGCGGUCUGGACCUCAUAAAGUUCCUGGAACUUCCGGAAUCCGACAAGUUCGUUGGUCAGUUGAGUGGAGGACAGAUGAGAAGAGUGAGUUUUGCUAUUGCUCUGCUGCAUGACCCUCAACUACUUAUCCUGGAUGAGCCAACAGCUGGUGUUGACCCCAUCCUCAGUCACUCGAUAUGGCAGAGGCUAGUAGUGAUGGCUGAAAAACACAAAAAGACUAUCAUCAUCACCACACACUACAUAGAAGAAGCUAGGCAAGCUCAUUGUAUCGGGCUGAUGCGGCACGGAGUGUUACUUGCCGAGGAGUCGCCUCAGCUGUUGAUGCUACAUCAGAACUGCUCCAAUCUAGAGCAAGCGUUCCUGCAACUCAGCCAAGCUCAGCAGGGUGACAUCCGCAGCUACGAGGCACUCGAUCUCAUAGAUGACUUCCCUGUCGCUGACCCCCGGCCACCCCAACCUGUGAGACACUGCAGCAAAUGGAACACAGACAGGUUCCUUGCACAACUCAUCAAAAAUCUGGUCUGGAACUUGAGGAAUAUCCCGAUGUUGCUGUUUGUACUCCUCUUACCGGCUCUUCAGGCCAUCCUCUGCAACCUGAUCCUAGGCUCUGAGCCUCACAACAUGAGUCUAGCUGUCAUGUCAGAGGAGCUGAGUGGAGGGCUGAGGGAUUGUGACUCGACUCCUCCAUACAACUGUAGCUCGGACGGAGCUCCUCUGUCAUGCUCAUACCUCGACUUCCUACGCCAGAAACAGUUCAAGUUGAAAGAGUUCAGCAGUUUAGAGGCCGCGCGGAGGUCAGUGUUGAAGGGUCAGUCAUGGGGAGUGCUCCACUUCCCUCGUAACUACACGAGAUCUCUGCUGGAGCGACUGGACUCUGGGGAGUCUACUCCAGACCAGAUAGUGGAGGACAGUCUGGUCAAUGUGUGGCUCGACAUGUCCAAUCUGUGGGUGAGCUCCCUGAUACAGAGGGACUUGGUGUACAGUGUUGUGGAGUAUGUCAAGAGUAUACUCUUGUCCUGCGAAUAUAAUCCUGAACUGGCAGAUCUACCUCUGCGGUUUGAAGAGCCUGUAUAUGGUGAAGUCAUCCCAAAAUUCAUCCACUUCUGUACUCCUGGCCUCAUUAUUUCUUUCUGCUUCUACCUCCCGAUCAUGUUCACAACAGGGGCCAUCAUGAUGGAGAAGGAGGCUGGACUACUUGAGCGGAGUCUUAUAGCAGGAAUGACAGUAGUAGAGGUAGUAGCGGCUCAUACAGUUCUGCAGAUGUUGUUAGUUGGAGCUCAAAAUGUAGUCAUCUUCCUCACUUUCUACGUUGUCUACUUUAAUCCUCUCGUGGGAAGUUUUCCUCUACUGCUUCUACUAGUGUGGCUUGUAGAGAUUUCAGGCAUUGCUUACGCUUUCCUACUUGCUGUGUUCUUUGACUCAGAGAAGUUAGCGACUUAUGCUGGCGUAGGAACUAUAGUGCUCAUGUUUAUGAUCUGUGGUAUAGUGUGGCCCUACCAAGGCAUGCACUGGGCAGUUCAGCUGAUAGUGUCCUACUCACCCCUGCAGCCUGCGGUAGAAGCUUACCGAGCCAUCGCAGAGCGUGCCUGGGGCCUGGACAACCCUGUGGUGUCUUACGGCUUCCUUCUCACUCUAGCCUGGACUGCUAUCUUCUCCAUCGCUGCCAUCAUCAUAGCUUCCAGGAAGCGACUCAGGAGCUGAGUGUUAGUACAUGUAAGACUUUCUCACUACGGCCAUGUUGGUCUAGUGGCUCAGAAAACCCCAUAAGUUUAAGCUCCCUAUUGGAUCUCCCUACAUUAUGGAUCAGUGGACUAACUGUACUUGUUUUUUUGUUGAUGUCCGAUAUUGCGAGAGUGUGUUGAUUUAAAAUACCAUGAGGAAUCAUUCGAAAAUAUUUGAGCUAGUGACAUCAUCCACACGGUAAGAAUUGUCCCUAGGUCAAUUAGAAGCUCAUUUUACAGCCCCCUGUUACAUAUAAAGGCAAAUAUACAGUAUAAGGAUUCAUGUAAUAAAAUAGGCAUUCAUCAUCCAAAUGGAUAUUGUGUUUAAAAUAAGAAAUAAACUAUUUGUAGUGCCAGAUUAUUUAUGAUUCAAUUAUUGUAGAUUUUUGUCACUUACUCAUUUUGUGAGAUAUCAAAAUCCAACAUGGCCAUAUCAGUGAGGAAAUAUUACAUGUUUGUGUAUCUAUAUAGACUGCUUUAACACCUUACAAAGGGAAGAAAAUAUUGCUGUAAAUUAAAUUUAGAAUGAUUUUCCAUCAAUGCAGAACCUAUAAUCAUUUAUUUAACUUUCACAAACUACAAAGACUAAAAUUGUAUUACAAAUAUGAUUUUAUCUAAUAAAACUAAUAGAAACACAUCAAAGAAUGUAAUAGCUGACCUAAAACAGUAGGUAGGCAAAUGAUUGAGAUGUAUAAAGUUUAGUGAUAAGAUACAGAACUUGCAGAUGUGAAUGUACAUUCUGAUAUCAAGAACAAAAAGUAUUCAAAACAGUAGUGGCUUUUUAUAUAUUACUUGAUAGCGUUGUUGAUUUAGAUUUUUGAUUUCAUUUAUUUUUCUCAAAUUUAUGUCUUUUAAAGAUUUGUUUGGAGAGCUGACAAGAUUCUAUGAGUGCUCUCUUGUAGAUAUUGUUGUAGUGAAUAAUUGUUAUAUAAUGUAGGUUAUUUUUAUAUAUUUGUUUAAAAUACCAAAGUGUACUUAACUUUCUAUCGUUGAGUACAUAUUAGUGUUAAAUAAUAUGCAAAGACAAAGUUGUGUU